AUGCUCAAAGUGGGCUCAAGAGGCGUCCAGGAGGAAAGUUCCAAACGAUUCAUCGGAACGCUCUUCAACAUAACACUAGCGACUCUUCUGGCCGAAGGUAUGGGCGGUGAUGAAGAGCUUCUGAACCGUACUUCUCGAUGCUGUGAAAACAAGCCCGCUAUCCUUUGUAAGGAGGUCGAGUCCGUGAGUCCGUUGGGCGAUCGCAAUGAUCCUCUGCGGUCGCCUUAUGAUGACAGUUACGGUGUUAACUUCACGGAAGAAUCCUCGUUAGAACAUGUUGCUAGAGAAGGCGAUCUUCUUUACCCGGGUUCAGUGAUUGCUCGUCUGGUGGAUCAGAAAGACAGCGAGAAAUAUAAACCGCGACCAUUUUUGGAAGCAUUCUCUGAAUGGGCUGAGUCUCCUGACAACGAGCACAUUAUUCCGGAAACGAAGAAACACAGUAUAUGCUUUGAUAUGUGUAUGAACGUGUUGAGGGGGUCUAUUCCUCCAGGUGCCGAUUUCAACAUGAACGAUCUUGUGGAGGAACUAUUCUGCUACCUCGAGAGCUCAACAUUGCCGUACGCUCUUUUUAAGCAGGCACUCAGUCCUAUGGUCAAUCGUCUUCCUGAGAAAUUUUGCAUGAGAAUCAAGGAAAUUGUGGAGGUGGAUUCAAUGGAGAACUUCGUCCUGAUCAAGAUUGCUGAGCGUCUUCUUUUAGUCGAUACUCGACGAAUAUUUCGGCUCACUGAGUCACGCAGAAUGGGAAAUGGCGAAAGCUGUGUGCAAUACCGUAUAUCAGAUUUGCGAAAGGUUUGGGAACGGACUGCUUUCAAAUACUGGUUUCGUGCUUAA